UCUUCCUCCUCCCUUCUCUAUCUCAAAGCCUCAGACCAGUAAAGCCAAACAAGAACUAAAUGUGACCCCAGAAAUGAAAAACUAAUCAGAACAAGAUCUCAAAGCAAACACACAGUGGUGGGUUUCUUUGUCCUGUCGCUCAUGUGACUCAUGUGGUUCUGUUUUACUGUUUUAGGCUCCUAACACGCUUGCUUCAGAUUCCUAAUCAAUAUUCUGCUCAUUUCUUCUUAAGCAAACCAUUUCAUAACCAAGGACACAGACUUCAGCAGUCUGCUAUUCCUUUCUUGUUCUUAAAAAAUGCGUCUUUAAAGGAUUGACAUUGUUUUGUAGUCAUGGCUGGGGAAAUAGAAGAACCCUUUAGCUUUAGAUUUCAGGCAGAGUAUAUACAUUCUGGCUCCAUAUCAUUUGGGAGGUUCGAAAACGAAGGCUUGUCUUGGGAAAGGAGGUCUGCAUUCUCACAUAACAGAUAUGUUGAAGAAGUUGAGAAAUGCAUGAAACCAGGUUCAGUUACUGAGAGGAAAGCUUAUUUUGAAGCCCAUUUUAAGAAGAAGGGUCUUCCAAGACCAAACUUAGCCGAGUGCUAUAGAGUCUGCAGAAAUGAUGCAUCUGAGAGUGAUGGUGCUUACAGAGAAGAGUGUGAACUUGGAAAUGAAGGGAGUAAUUGUACCGAAUCCGAUGAGAGGUCGGAGGGUUCUGUCAGUUCUGUGUAUCUCGGAGACUUUGAAGUCAAAGAAUGUGAAAAGGAAGAAGCUCUUGAAGUGUCAUUAUCUGAACCUCAGAGGGCACCUACAGUGAAUCAAAUUGCUAUUUUGGUGGAUGGUGCUGUUGAAGAUGUUAAUUUUGAGGAACCAAAUCAACCAGAGAGAGGUUGUGAAAACUCAUCUCCAAUUGUAGAGGAACCGGAGGGAGAUGUAAAUGAGAAUCAUGAUGGUGUUGCAAAGAAUGCUGAAGUGCCAUCUAAGAUUGAACCAGCUGAGUGUGUUGACAAAACCAUUGUGGAAAGUGGCAAAUGUGCUUCUUCAAAGUUGAAGGUUGUAAAAGAAUCCAAGUUGGGAAAGCCUAAGGCCAGCAUUUCUCAGGUCAGAAGAGGCAGUUCUGCUAAACAUCCUUUGCAGAAUUAUAAUACUAGACAAAGAGAGCGCACACGAAAAACAGAUAAAGACAUGCUCCCAUCAAAAACAGCAGCGCCAGCUACGCAUUCUGUACGCAGGACUCCAAAGUUAGAGGAGUCCAUGCAGGGGAAGUCUUUUAAUGAGAGCAAAAGUGAUAUAGAGUCAUCAAUCAAGAAGCUUCACGAGCUUCAACCUUCCGCAUUCAAGCCUGAAACCAGAGGACGCCAAAUGACAAACAGGAUAAGUAACGGAGCCAAUCUGUCCAAGUCUGAUACAAGAUCAACUGUUUCAACUUUGAAAUUCAAGAGUUCUGAGCGAGCAGAAAAGAGGAAAGAGUUCUUCAUGAAGUUGGAAGAAAAACUGCACGCAAAGGAAGAUGAAAUGAUCAAGGUCCAAGCACGAAAACAGGAGAAGAGAGAAGCUGAGAUUAAGCAAUUCCGGAGAGCCCUCAACUUCAAAGCAGCGCCUAUGCCUUCUUUCUACAAUGUACCUACAGCUUCGAAGCCUGAUGAAAGCAAGAUUGCCUCAACCAAGUGCUCUAAAGUAGAAACUAGCCGAGGUAACGGUCGUGCUGUAAGAUUGACAUCACCUUCCGAGUCAGGAAAGAGUGAAGCUGCCACAGGAGAAACUAAAUGCAUGAUGGCUGAGGCCUGUGUAAGAAAAGGUGAAGUCACUAUUGCGCAGAGGACUCGAGCAUCUGAGAGCAGGAAGCAUGCGACAAAUGAGAAAAAUGUAGCGAAGAAAAAAGUGGGAGCCGAAAGAAAUGGCAGUGAGAUAGUGAUGAAGGGUACUGUUACACCCACGCUAAUGCUAUAGGCAGGGGCACGCAGGGCAUGGUUUCUUCUUGCACCUUGUCCAUGCGUGGGAAGCUUAAAGCAGGGAGUAGGAGCGUAGGAACAAGACGGAGAACAAGUGAAGACCCGUGCGGAGCUAUUAGCCUCGUUAGCAGGCAUGCAUAUUAGCCUCACUAGUAACAGCGUAGGCAGACUGAGACCCGAAGGCAACACAGACCCAGGCAAGAAUGACCCAAAGACAACGCAGAUCCGUGCAAGGAUAUUAGCCUCUCCAGCAGCAGUAGUAGCGUAGGGCAGUACAGACAGAUUAGCCUCACGAGGCAGUUGCAGACCGUGCAUGCAGUUUAGCCUCGUCAGUAGGCGGUUGCGAGGAUAUUAGCCUCGUCAGUAGGGGCAGUUGCAGAGUAAGGAUAAUGACAGUUAUUUAGGCAGUUACAAGAGGUUUAUGGAAUGUUAUUUAGGGGCAGUUGGCGCAUGUUAAGGGGAGUUAUGCAAGGACAGUUGGUGCACGAAUUGUGGGGAAGUUACUUGGGCAGUUGCAUGCCUUGGCAAAUCAUACAAGCAUACCACCCACCUCGUCUUGGCAAUUAAUAAACCUAGUAGUGGGGGUUGUCCACUACACCUAUAGUUAAGGCAUGUAUGUCAUGUGUCAUAGGGAAGUUGGGAAUGUCAACUUCCAUGCUAGUUAGUAGGUUUAAAUAGUUUGUAGGUCAAAGCAUGA